AUGCUCCUAGAGGGGUCCUCAGAGGAAGGGCUAGCCGAAGAGCCUAGUGUCGGCUGCGAGACCUUACGGGCCUACUGCAUUGGCUCCCUCGUCGCCCUCGUCGGAACGGCCGCCAACGUCUGGUUUCAAGCACGGCAGCCAAACAUCUACAUAUCUUCCUUCAUCGCCCUUGUCCUCGCACAUCCCCUAGGCAGACUUUGGGAGGUAGCUGUCCCUCAAAAGACUAUCAGACUGCCUUUUGGCUACUGCUUCCAACUAAAUCCGGGCACCUGGUCAAUCAAGGAGCAUACUAUCGUCACUGUCAUGGCCACCAUAAGCCUCCCCUCCGCCACAGCCAUUGAUAUCCUCGCCGCCAUCAAGCUCCCCGUCUUCUUCAACGAUAGCCGUCUAGGCAACGAUAUCUUCUUCCAAAUUCUCGUCGUGCUCUCGACUCAGCUCAUGGGCAUCGGUCUGGCUGGGCUCGCCCGUGAUAUGAUUGUUCGACCAAAGGAAAUGGUGUGGCCGAUCAACAACGCCAAGAUUGCCCUUCUCGAAGCAAUUCACGCCAAGUCUCGGGGUACGGCAAGGGCAAAGGACAUCGACCCCGGCGCCUGGUCCAUGUCGACGAUGCGGUGGGGAGUGUAUGUAUGCGUGGCAUCUUUUGCUUGGCACUUCGUCGUUGAAGCUGUGCUGCCCGUCUUCACCUACUUUGACUGGACGACGUGGUUUGCGCCAGAAAACGCCCUCUUGGCAACCAUCACCGGCACAAAAAAUGGCUUGGGCCUCAACUUGCUGCCGACACUCGACUGGACAUUUAUGUCCAGCGCAGGAUUGCAUCCGCUCAUCUCGCCAUGGCCAACGACUGUAUCACUACUGUACGGCGCCACCAUUGGCUUCAUCGUUACGUUGCUGUUAUGCUUGACCAACACAUGGUACUCGGCGCACCUGCUACCUACAUCCAGUACUACAUACGACCGUUUUGCCGAGCCUUACAAAGCAACCAGCGUUUUGGAUGUGCAUAGAGCGCUCGACAUGGCUCAUUUCGAGAGCUACUCGCCCCUCUAUCUCUCAGCGGGGUACUGUGUCGUCUUCGGCGCCUCAUUCGCUUCAUACACAUCGAUCUUGGUCCAUGCGGCGCUCGAGCAUCGCGCAGAUAUUUUGAAAGGCAUUCAAAGCUUUAAGACUUCGAGCACAAGGAGGACUCCUACAGAUGACGAAGAAGUUCCGUACAGCUGGUUCGGCAGUGUCACACUUGUGUCUCUGCUCAUGGGCAUCGUCCUGUGCACACUCUUCGAAUCGACCAUGCCCAUCUGGGCCCUCUUCCUGUCCGUCGGUCUCGUUUGUUUGUUCCUUAUCCCGGCUGGACUCGUUAUGGCCGUCAGCAAUGUUUCGAUCAAGCUCAACGUCCUCGCUGAACUCAUACCAGGCUUCCUCAUUUCGGAAAGGCCGUACGCCAACAUGAUCUUCAAGGUUUAUGCGUGGACAUCGCUUUCGCAGGCUCUCCACUAUUCCCAGGACCAGAAGUUGGGCCUGUGUCUUGGUCUACCUCCACGAGCCGUCUUUCGUGCACAAGUGCUGGGAGCGCUGAUAAGCUGUCUGGCAUCGCUUGCCGUCAUUAACUACCAGAUGGCCUACAUUGACGACUUCUGUUCAUCGACACAAAAAGACGGGUUCACCUGUCCCUUCUAUACAAUCUUCUACACUUCGGCAUUGGUUUACGGUCUCAUUGGGCCACAGCGGCUUUUCGGAGUUGGGAGCGUAUAUCAAUCUCUUCUCUGGUGUUUUCCACUGGGCGCUCUCCUGACACUACUCAUCUGGCUCGGUAAGCGCCAGUGGCCCAACUCUUGUUUCCGUCUCCUAAGCAGCCCAGUCGUCAUCAAUGGCGCUCAUUACUUUGCGCCUUUCAACUGGGCCUACGUCUGGUGA